AUGUGCUCCCUUACCCUCUAUGGUGCCUUCGUUCUGGCUAUUCUCUCCACCGUUUCUUCAUUGGAGAUUCUGUCGCCAACUCCAGGCUCCGGUAUCGAUCCAACGAAGCCAGUAAGCAUCCUAUGGUCCGUCGACUAUAACGACCCUGCGCUCAUUGAUAUCAAAUUUACCAAUGCCAACCCAAAUGGAGUGACUACGGACUUGACUCUUGCAACUGGGGUUGCAUCAUACACCGGUGCCUACACUGUCCCAGAAAAUACCAUUCAGAACUUUGGAACGGGAUAUCAAAUUCUAAUCAUUAGUGGCGGGAAUACAAUCGCCUCAAGCACUGGCUUAGUUCUUGGUCAAUCGAGCAACGAGGUCAGCACAGAUGCAAAUGGACAAGUGACUCUAGUGUCCACUACCUCUGGCCAGCAGCAGGACUCCGCUACUUUGACAAGCAGCGUUCCCACUGCAUCAGUUGACUCUGUCGGAGUUACAACGAUCUCAGGGACGCGUUCAGCAACAGAUGCGGCAGCAACAACGUCGCGAGUGAGCAGUUUCGUAACAAGCACGGCUAGUCGUUCGAGCAGCGGCGGCGGCGGCGGCGGCGGUUCGUCAAGUCCAUCAGCCACAAGUGCACAGAGCACGAACACUGCUAAUGGACAGAGGCGCUUAGGAGGAGAACUUGUCCUCGGCGCAGCAGGUGCUCUGGCAGGGCUCGUCGCCCUGUUCGCAUAG